AUGAGGUACGAUCGUGGUCUUCUUGGGUCUCUUGUUGCAUCACUUCUGUUUUGCUUGGCUUUCUCAAAAAGGGAUGCACAAAACUGCAAGCAGUGCGCAGGUGAAAGCUGGGCUGGUUGCAAUGGAACAGAAAAAAUAUGUGUUGCGCAACAGAAGUGUGUUUCAGUUGCAUCCGAGUCAAUAGAAAAUGUCUUGGAAGAUAAAGACGAAGUAAAGAAAAUCACCAAAAAAGUUGCACGGAAUUGCGCAAGUCCUGACUUUUGUGAUGCAGAUUUAUCCAUGAACUUCAAAUAUGCUGUAUGGAAGAUAAGGACAACAUGCUUGAGUGAUCAAGUACACAUCACAGUGGCAGAGGAGGCUCCUGCGAAUGGCCGCAAGUGCAUCGGCUGCAUUGCUGCACCAUCCCAGUGCACCAAAACAGUGGAGUGCCGGGGCAAGGAAGACAUGUGCAUUUCUGCUAGAGAGCAAGUUGCAGGAAACAUCAUGGUCAUCAAGGGGUGUGCCACACAGAGUGCAUGCAAGCUUGGUGUGAACAUCUCAGAACUGCUAGGACCAGUUUUGGUAGGCAGCGUCUCUUGCUGUGAGGGGAACCUCUGUAAUGCUGCCUGGAUAGGGAGGCAGAGACCCUUUGCUCUGCAGAAGGGGGCCUGA